ACUGUGGGGGACGAGGCGGCCAGAUCCCUUACCUCUGUCUCAAACAAACAAUCAAGCAUAAAUUUUCUCUCCCUAGUCUUCUGGGUUUUGUACAAGUCUCCACAAUAACUAGGUAGAGGAAAACAAAAAUACCAAAAUCCAAGUCUGCCUAUAUUUAUGGAUUCCAAUAAUAAUAAUAAUCAAGAUUUACCAGAAGCCACAGUGCAAAACGUGCUAGAGCAAGAUACACUGAAGUGGGUAUUUGUAGGGGGUAAAGGUGGGGUUGGAAAAACUACAUGUAGUUCAAUUCUUGGUAUCCUUCUUUCUCAGGUCAGAUCCUCAGUUCUCCUUAUAUCUACUGACCCUGCUCACAAUCUCAGUGAUGCCUUCCAACAACGCUUUACCAAGUCUCCUACCCUUGUCAAUGGCUUCUCCAAUUUGUAUGCCAUGGAAAUUGAUCCAACUGUGGAGAAAGAAGACUCAGUCAGUUCAGAUGGGAUGGAUGACUUUUUGUCUGACUUGACAAAUGCAAUUCCAGGGAUUGAUGAAGCUAUGAGCUUUGCGGAGAUGCUAAAAUUGGUGCAAACCAUGGACUACUCGGUAAUAGUGUUUGAUACAGCCCCAACAGGGCAUACUCUUAGGCUAUUACAAUUCCCAUCGACUCUAGAGAAAGGGCUUGCCAAAGUGAUGAGUUUGAAG